AUAUUUUUCGGCACAUAUCAGAAGCAAUAGGCCUAAUAUUCUCUUGCUUUCCAUCGGCGGCGUCUAGUCUACGUGUCUUCUCUUCGCCGGGGUCCGGCGGGUCGGGUCGGGGCGUACUAAAGAAUAACUAAUUCAUUUUUUCCACUCAUUUCCUCCCUGAAACAGAAAGUGAUCUAUUGUUGUUUGUGUUGAAACAAUAAUGGGCAGACUUGCAGUUGGUGUAAUUGUUAGCUGCUGGGUGAUUCCCAUCUCCAUCCUCGUCAAUCGAAUCGUCCCUGACCCUUACAUGGAUGAGAUAUUUCAUGUUCCUCAAGCACGACACUACUGCAAAGGAAAUUUCACUAGUUGGGACCCCAUGAUUACUACUCCCCCUGGCCUGUAUUUUCUUUCACUUGCCCAUGUUGCUUCUUUUUUUCCAGGCAUUCUAUGCAUACAAGCAGUAUCAUCAUUCUUUGAUGCCUGCUCAACUGCAGCUCUGCGCUCCACCAAUGGUGUCCUGGCUGUAAUUUGCAGCAUCGUGGUUUAUGAGAUAAUUUCCCAAUUGCGGCCAGAACUAGAUAAAAGAAGAGCCACUCUUUAUACAGUUGUUCUAGCUCUAUAUCCCCUCCACUGGUUUUUCACGUAUCUUUAUUACACAGAUGUGGCAUCACUUACUGCAGUGCUCGCUUCAUAUCUUAUGUGCAUGAAGAAGAACUACCCAUUGAGUGCAGUGCUUGGUGCUUUGGCUGUCCUUGUACGACAAACAAAUAUUGUAUGGAUUCUUUUUGUUGGAUGCUCUGGCAUUAUUAAUUAUACCAUUGGAGUUCAAACAGAUAAACAUUGUGAGCAACUAGAUGACUCCAGUGAAUUGGAUCAGAAAGAUGGUCAGUUAUCUUUGGGCAAAACUGCUGCUACUGGGUCAAACUUGAGAAGGCGAAGGUUGAGCAAUUUUGUAGAUACUUCUGACCAUUCAUCUCCCAAAAAUUUCUCUCCCUCGUCUAAUUCUUCAGAUUUGAUUGAUGAUAUUAAGGAAAUAUUGAUAACUUCUUGGUAUAUCAAAUGGCGACUCUUACUUCUAUUUAGCCCUUACGCUGUGCUGUUGGUGGCUUUUGUUGGAUUUGUUUACUGGAAUGGGAGCAUAGUUCUUGGUGCAAAAGAAGCACAUGCCGUUUCUCCACAUUUUGCACAGCUUAUGUACUUUAGCCUAAUUUCUGCUUUGCUUAUGGUUCCUGUUCACUUCACGUUAAGUCAAACUGCAGUCUUGUUCCAAUCAUUCUGCAAGUUAAGGGUGCUGGGCAUUGUGCUGUGCUUGACGGGUUUAACUACUGCAUUCCUUUCAGUGCAUUUUUUCAGCAUUGCUCAUCCAUAUCUUCUUGCUGACAAUCGGCACUAUACCUUUUAUAUAUGGAGAAAGAUCAUCAACGUCCAUUGGUCAACAAAGUACCUUAUGGUUCCGCUUUAUGUUUAUUCAUGGUUUUCCAUCUUGAGCGUACUAGCUAAAUUUCAAAAGAAAGUAUGGGUGCUGGUAUAUUUCCUGGCAUGCGCCGCUGUUCUAAUUCCUUCUCCAUUAAUAGAGUUCAGAUACUACACCAUACCUUUCUUUUUCCUAAUUCUUCAUUCCCAUGUCAACAGUGACAGAAAUUGGGUGCUCAUGGGUAUCCUCUAUACUGUCAUCAACAUCUUCACAAUGGCUAUGUUUUUGUUUAAGCCAUUUAGUUGGCACCAUGAAGCUGGGAUCCAAAGGUUUAUAUGGUAGUUAGAUGCUACCCAGUGUUAUUGUUAUAGUGUUCGAAAAUUUUAAUUUCUGCACAACACCACAGCAGUUCGCUUUUUACUGUAAAAUUUUCAAGGACUGGAAAUCCAAAAGAUCUAUAAUAUCACAUGAAUUUACAAA